CCUGCACCCACUACCCUGUGUUUUUCACAAAGAAAAUCACACAACCUGCAGUUGAACUUGUUGCUACCUCAACAAGACUUGUAAGCCUAUCAGGAAGCGCACAUCUGGUGCUGCAUGGAUGGCUACUCAAGCAUACAACCAGUUGGGACUAUUGGUAGACUUGACGAAGCCUCUAACGUCGUUGGAGUUUAUGCAACAUAUGCUAAUCAUACCUUAAUGGCUUUUAUGUGUUUUUUCUUUUGCAUGGGCAUAAUAAAAUUCUGCACUGACUUUACGACGGAAAAGUUUAUGGCCCUGGACACCGGAGGAAACUGAUUGACCCACUUACGUGACGGUCCUUCGUCUUUUGUGUGCUGCGCAGGGUCACAGCCUGUUGUGCGCAUCUUGGUGUCGAGGAUUCUAGGUCAGUUGUAAAUCUAUAUAAGUGCGAUUUUAGAACUGAUUCGAGAUCAUUCUGUGUCUCUGAUGAUCAAGAUGAAGUACCCCCUGGUAGCUAUCUUUGCCGUGGUGGCCCAGUGCUGCCUGUUUGCUGCAACCGCACACGAACAUGCUCAUGGUGAUUCCGACUCGGUUCUCGAAGCAGCUCUCCUUCCGUUGUAUAGCCAACUGGACAUUUUUCGAGACCAACUUGAUGCGGUCAAAGUGUCUGUCCAUGUCCCCUGUAAGAAAGCAACCUAUACGACAGAUUUGGAGUGCUCCGAGGCUGGACCCCUUGGUAUGGAAGAUAGACGCAUCCUAGAUGCAAACAUUACAGCUUCGACGUUCUGGGGCAACCAGGCAGGCUGGGCGCCCUACAGGGGUCGUCUUAACUUAGAAGGUGCUGCCUGGGUGAAUGCCGGAUUUAGUGACCCCAAUCCGUGGAUCCAAGUCGACUUCGGUGGCCGUGUCAUCAUCACUGGUGUCAUCACUCAGGGGCGUCCUGACAAUUAUUAUCAAUGGGUGACUGAGUUCCAGGUUGCCUAUAGCAACGACGGCCAGCAAUGGACCGACGUCACCGCGGAAGGAGAAAGUGCACCGACAAAGUUCCCUGGAAACUCGGACAGAAGCACUCCUGUGACCACCACUUUCCCGAAGGCCUUCCGGGCCAGGCUCCUGCGUAUCCUGCCUACUCAGUGGAGCGCACACUGCAGCAUGCGCUUGGAGGUCCUCGGCUGCAAAAGUCAUGAGUAAUUUCGCCGUAUAGCUUGGGAAAACCUAGCUCUAGUGCUUGCUGGACAUUUGACAUGCGGGGAUGCAUGUGUCAUAGAAAUGUGGUGUAACAUUUUUAGAGGUUGUGGAAUGCUCGAAGACAUUUCCUUAAUUU